AUUAUUAUUACAAUGUACACCCUGGUUUUUAUUCCUGGAUUAAUUGGUAAUCUUUGCUUCUGCACAGUUGUUUUAGCUCGUAAGAAGGUUCGAACUGUAACUAACGUCUUGCUGUUUAACUUAGCUAUUGCAGACUUGAUUAUUUUGUGUGUUAAUUUGCCAUUUACGGUUGUUGUUACUAUAACUCACUUGUAUCCAUUCGGUUUAGUCAUGUGUAAAUUGCAAACUUUUUCACAAACUCUGUCAGUAUUAGCAGAAUCAUUUACUAUAGUUGCUAUCAGUUAUGAUCGAUAUCGGGCAAUUGUGUAUCCGUUAAAAUCAAAGUUAUCAAUUAAGGCUGCAAUGAUAAUUAUAGCGUGUUCUUGGAUAGCAGCAGGACCGUUUGCGAUCGUAUUACUGCAAUUUACAACUAUUGUGCCUCUAGGUACGAUGGGUGAUUUCUGUCGUGAAGUCUGGUAUAGUGAUAGUAGUAGACGAAUAUUCACAUUAAUCAUGUUUUCAUCGUGUCUAAUUGCACCUCUCAUUAUUAGCAUAUACUUUUAUACCAGUAUAUCUAUGUCCUUAAUAAAAUCCAAGAAGCUAUUCAGGCUUGACAGCAAAUCAAAAAGUAUAUUGCGCAGAAGACGUAUUGCAGCUAUCAAAUGCGGUGUUGUUAUGGGACUGUAUUUCGUUUGUUGGUUGCCUGCCUAUCUUUUCGCAAUCUUAACCGAUUACGGUUUUAAUAUGAUCGAAGAUGAAACAACGUACUCAAUGGUUUAUGCUACCAUUAACUGGAUAGGCUAUAUUAAUUCUUGCUGUAAUCCAAUUGUCUAUAGCUUCUUCAAUGAUUCAUACCGAAAUGCAUUGUAUAGUGUUUGUGGA